UUCCCGGUCUUAUCAGCGCGCUACUGUCCAGCCCACAAGACAACAACAACACUGAUCCUAUCCUGAUCCACGAGACCUCCAACGGCUCGGAUCCAACCCCCAGCAUCCAACGGACGGUCCAGAUCUCUCCAGCGCACACAGACCGUGCAUCGAUCCCGUCCCCAAAAAUUCCCAUCCUUUUUCCGCCCACAGAUUUGGUCACACAGAUCCGGACGGAGGAGGAAAAAAAACCAAGUAGCCCCUCGAUUUUUGAUCGGAUCAUUUGUAAAUCCACACUGCCACUCCCAAAUUCGCCCGAAUUAUCCGAUAAUUUUUUGCGGAUUUUGAGCUCUCCCUGUCAUUUUCUGUCAUUUAGUGCGUGGAAUUUUUGAUCGCUUUCGAGGCUUUUCUUGUUGCGUCUGUGUUGGAGCGGAGAAAUUUUUGACCCCUUUUUGUUACUCUCUUGAAGUUUUGAUUUGAUCCGCUCGGAAAUUUGAUCUUCUUUUGUGUUCGGAACUCGGAUUUUUGAGGGGGUUUUGGUCUUGGCGGCUGCUUGGGGUGUGAGAUCCCUCAAGCUGGCGAAGCGAAUCAGCCGUGUCCAUGGAGAUGCACGCGAGCUCUGUCUCUUCCCAUGGCGAGGCCCGGCUCGGCGGCGAGCGGGGGCUCGUGGACCGGGAGGAGCUGGUGCGCGUCAUCGCGCAGUCGCUCUACUCGCUCGGUUACCGGAGGGCGGCCGCGGCGCUGGAGGCGGAGUCCGGCAUGCCGCUGUACCCGGCGGAGCACGACCGCCUCCUGUUCGACGUAAUGUCUGGCCGGUGGGACGCGUGCGUGGCGGCGAUCCGCGCCGUGGCGGGCCUCGGGGACCGGGAGCGCGCGGCGGCGGAGUUCUUGGUGUGGAGGGGGCACUUCCUGGAGCUUCUGGGGAUCGGCGACGCUGGGCUGCCGCGCGCCAGGGAGGUGCUCUGGCGCCGGAUUGCGCCCCUCGGCGUUGACAGGGAGUGUGUGCACUGGCUGGCACGCGCAAUGGUCUCGUGCGAGGGGGCGGUCGCGCCGGAUGCCGUGGUCGGGUGGAGGAUUGGGCUUUUCUUGGAUCUGGUUGAUGCUUUCCCGCCAUGGUUCCAUGUGCCAAGCGGUCGGCUAGAGCUUCUGGUGGAGAAUGCAGUUGUUAAGCAGGUUUCGUCUUGUGUAUAUCACAAUUUACCGGACGAGGUCACUUUGUUUGAGGAUCAUAAGUGCCCUGAAGAGCAGAUUCCUUCCAAGUGUUCGCAGAUAUUAUGUGGUCAUAACAAUGAAGUUUGGUUUGUAAGGUUCUCAAAUGAUGGAAACUAUCUGGCAUCAUCUUCAAGUGAUUGCACGGCCAUCAUAUGGAAGGUGGAAGAGGAUGAUACAUUAACCAAGAAGCACUGCCUCGUGGGUCACAAAAAUCCAAUUUCUUUUGUUGCCUGGAGCCCAAAUGACAGAAUGCUGCUCACUUGUGGUAAUGGAGAAUCAGUAAAACUGUGGAACGUUGCUACUGGUGAAUGCAGUCUUAAAUUUAGCAGCUCAGUUGGCCAUAUUAUCAAUUCAUGUGCAUGGUUCCCUAAUUCGGAGAAAAUAGUAUGUGCCAGCUGUGAGCCUGAAAGUUCUCCAAAGAGGAUCUUCACUUGUGACCUAGAAGGUCAAGAACUGGAAUCAUGGGUUGGAGAUAGAAUACCUAAAGUCAGUGAUAUAGCUGUGACUCCUGAUAGCAAACAUCUUAUCUGUGUAUGUUCCAAUGAAAUUUGGAUUCGAGAACUUCCAAAGGGGCGGGAAUGGAGAAUACGUGAGCAGCAGACGAUUUCGUCGCUAUCUCUCUCUGGUGAUGGACAAUCACUGAUUGUCAACCUCAACAGCCAGGAAAUUCAUUUGUGGAGAAUCAGUGAAAGUUCUACUGCGGCGGAUAAUAAAUUCAAGGGACACAAGCAAGGAAAGUUUGUGAUUAGAUCUUGCUUUGGUGGAUCAAACUCUCUGUUCAUAGCUAGUGGCAGUGAGGAUUCCCAGGUCUACAUUUGGAAAAGGCACCUGGAGACGCCAAUAAAGGUCUUAUACGGUCAUUCACUUACUGUAAAUUGUGUGAGCUGGAAUCCUGCUAAGCCACAUAUGCUGGCUUCGGCAAGUGAUGACCGCACAGUUCGGAUUUGGCUAGCACACAAAGGCUCACAUCGCACACGGUUGACGGCUUGAUGUGGAAAGUUUUGUAUGUUUUCCUUGUAAAUAUAUAGUUGUACAUCUUGACUGUAGUAGUGUAGUGUGCACAGAGCAGUUGAGAUUUUUUUUCCCCGUAGAGCUUUUAGCUACUUCAGAGGUAAACUUUGAACAGGCAGAGGCCCAGAAGUAGCAGUAUACUUCAUAUAUAUGCCUGUCUCGGAUUAAAGUUUUGCUCGUCUACUCUGUAAAGAAUCAAAGAUGCAUCAGAAUUCAGAACCUUGUAUAUUUUUGUGAGUUGCUACUCAUUGGUAUUGAUAUGUCUGGAUGACUGGAUGGAUUCCUCC